AGAGAGGAGGAGGGAGGGAGGGAGAGGGAGAGAGGACCGGGCGGCCUGCGAUGCGUUGCCGGGCGGCGGGGCAUGGUGAGCGGGCUCGGCAAGGUGGCUGGGCUGCGGCAGGACAUGGGGCAGGUGCUGGGCUUCGGACACUGCAAGGAAUCUGCCUCGACUGUCUCCACCACUCCCGAUUCCACCCCUUCCUCCACUGAAGGUGUCAGUGAGGACUUCUUGGAGCCGCAGACAGGACUGGACCUGUCGGACGACGAUGUACCAUCAGACCCCUCCCAAUAUUGGGGCACCCCCCGGCAGAUGUCCCUGGAGUCGGCCCUGUCGUGUGGGGCGCCCCUGGUUCAGGCUGGCUGCUUCCCAUUGGACUUUGCCGAAUCGGUGACCGAGGUUCCCCAGGGGUCCAGGAGGCAGACGCGGGGUCUGGUGCGGACUGAGACGAUCGAGACCUUCCUAGCGGAGGAGAGGGAGGGCCGGGAGGGGCGGCACCACCUCCCUCCGGGGGGAGAGGGAGAGGGAGACGGGGAGAGGGCAGGGGUCGACCUGGCGAUGCUGCCCUGCCCGGACCACCAGGAGAUUGGGCAACCGGCGCCCGUCCCCGGCGAAACCGACACCGAAACCGAAACCGGGACUGGGACGCAAGGCGGCUCGAAGCCGAGGGGGGCCGAGGGUGACAGGGAGGAUAGUGGGGGGCCCGGGGCGGGGGGAGAUCGGAGCCCGGAGGAGAACGGGGUCACGGAGGUCGCCGGAGCUGUGUCAUCGCUGCCGCCACCGAGAGUGACCGAGGAGAAGCCGCCAUCUCCGGAACCCUCACUGCCCCCUGCCACAGAGACAGAGGGAGAGGAGAUGGUGGUGGCUGGCGAUGGAGGUGGUAUUGCCACGUUAGGCAGGGUGCCGGCAGUGGGCUGGGCUGGUACGCCAGUGACCACGUUGGGCGCGGCAGGUGUUGCCAAUUGCCGGGAGGAGCAGGAUUGGAACGAUAGCAACACCAUUAGCCAGCGGGCCCCAAUUUGGUCUGGGCUGGUAUGUGGCCACUGGCAGUGGAAGGGUUACUCGGGCUGGUGUCUGGGGACUGACCCUGAAAGGGAUAUCCUGGGUCAGCCAGGGCGAGGCACCUAG